AAAUUAGUUGUGUAUUUUUAUUGGUGAUAUGUUGUGAUAUUUAUUUAGUAAAAACUAAUUAGCAUGUAAGACUAAUCAGUAUGUUAAGUAAUGACAUAGUCAAGAAAAAUGUUAAAUGUUAAAUAUGAUUUCUGAUGCUUCUGACAGUUCUUAUCUGAACUUUCUCUGAAUAUAUUAAAGGAUGCUAGAAAUAAUAUCAUCCUUGGCAAAUGAGGCUUUUUAAGCAUAGUAACAUUGUAAGCAUAGUUCUCUUUGCUUUGAUUUUUGAGGAAAGAACAACUGGGCAAAUAUUUCACAUCAUUCUAAAGACUUGGUCAAAUAUUGUUUUCCUAUUUAGGAAAUUCAGAAUCUAGAUUGCAAUAUUUAGAAGUGAGAUUUUUUUUUUUUUUUUCUGGUUGAAAACUACUGAAGCAGGAAACCAGACUCUAUGAGAUUUUUUUUUUUUUUUUCAAGCCAAACAGUUAAGUUGCCAGUGAUUGCAGGCACUUCCAAAGGUGUGAAGCUGCUGAGUAUGAUAACUUAAUCAAAACUAUGGAUUAAGGUGUUUAGGUACUUUAUUGUUCUUUUUCUUACUUUUCUUUAAAUGUGUUAGUAUUCUGUUCCAUUACAAAGCAGUAUUGAGAUAGAUGCUCUCAAAACAGCAUUAGGCGAUGUGUGGAAUGUGGGGGGAAAAAAAAAGAUAUGAAUUAUUAGGUUUAAUUAUUAUUUUACAAUUGCCUGAGCAAUGUGCUUUGGAAAAAAAAAGCACUGUUAGAGAUCUAACAUACAUACAGUCAGAAAAUACAGGAGUGCAAAAAAUGUAAGUGGUUUUUAUUAUGAUGCCUUGGAAAAGAAUGGAGGAGGGAUUAAAAAAAAAAUAAGAGAAUCUUCCAAAAUCUACUAUACCUGUGGCAAUGCUACUUUUUUUUCCCCAUGGAAAUCUAGGUCUUUUAAUGGUGCAUUUUGUUGUUUGUUUUUCUCAGCAGCUGUUUCUUUUUCAUGCCCGUUAGAAACAUUCUCUUCAUCCUGUGCAACAGAAUCAAUUUAUUCCAUCUUUGUAAUUUACCCUAAUCUUCCUGCUGGAAGUCAGGGAUAACUUUCUUCCACCUGUUUUCUGAUCUAACUUCAAUUUGAAUUAAUAUGGGGCAUGCUUCUUCCAAGAAUCAUGGUGAUACAUGCAGGUCUUUAAAGAGACUGCUGCCACCUUAACUUUUAUGGAUCACAUCUGAAUUACUAAUGAUGAAUUUGUAAAGGAAACUUUUGUUUCAGCUUCUUUGGCAGAAAUUACUAGUUGAUAGUGCUAUGGGCUACCUGUCAGAUGUUAACAGCUGUUAACAAAUGAGUGCUGCCAAGAACUUUGGCCUUACAGGUGCUCAGAAAUGCCUCUGUUCCCAUAGCAGUGGAAGUCCAAGAGCUGAUGAACUAAUUCUGCAUGCAUUCCAUUUAUUUGUCUGCCCCACGUUUGUAGAUGCAGCAGCGCAAACUGCAAGGACAAAGACAUUUGCAUCCAUAUUUAGUUACAUUCAAAAUGUUGUGUGGCAGAAAAAAAUCCUACUUUGCUGGUGCUGUGUGCAUUAUAACACUAACAUCAAUGGUCACGUUUUCUUAUCUUAGAUUACAGAGACUUAUUCACCUGCCAAAAAUAGUACAAGAAGGUAGUAGGUGUAGAGGGGAAACUGCAAAUAGCACAAUAACACCAUUAAAAGAUAACAGAACUUUUAUCAUCUCCCCAUACUUUGAUGAUAGAGAAGGCAAAGUCACACGUGUGAUUGGGAUUGUUCACCAUGAAGAUGUCAAAGAGCUAUACUGCUGGUUUUGUUGUCAGCCCCUUGGAAAGAUAUACGUAUCAAAGGCAGAAAUAGAUGUUCACUCGGACAGAUUUGGAUUCCCCUAUGGUGCUGCAGAUAUAGUUUGCUUGGAACCUGGAAACUGUGAUCCGACACACGUAUCAAUUCAUCAGUCUCCACAUGGAGAUAUUGACCAGCUAUCGAGGUUUGAAAUAAAAAACCGCAAAGCAGAGCCCUUCUCUGCUGACUUUACAGUAUGCAUCUCUGCCAUGUUUGGAAAUUACAACAAUGUCUUACAGUUUAUACAGAGUAUGGAAAUGUACAAGAUUCUUGGGGCACAGAAAGUGGUGAUCUACAAGAACAACUGCAGCCAGAUGAUGGAGAAAGUCCUGAAGUUUUAUUUGGAAGAAGGAACAGUAGAGGUAAUUCCGUGGCCAAUAAACUCAUAUCUCAAGGUUUCUCCUAAAUGGCGCUUCAUGCAAGAUGAAACACACAUUGGCUACUAUGGACAAAUCACAGCUCUAAAUGACUGUAUAUACCGCAACAUGCAGAGGAGCAGGUUUGUGGUUCUUAAUGAUGCUGAUGAAAUAAUUCUUCCCCUUAAGCACUCAGACUGGAAAACAAUGAUGAGCAGUCUUCAGGAGCAAAAUCCAGGAACUGGUGUUUUUCUCUUUGAGAACCAUAUCUUUCCAGAAACAAUUACCACUCCCAUGUUCAACAUUUCAUCUUGGAACACUGUGCCAGGUAUUAACAUACUACAGCAUGUUCACAGAGAGCCUGACAGGAAAAAGGUAAUCAAUCCUAAGAAAAUGAUAGUUGAUCCAAGAAAGGUGAUUCAGACUUCAGUCCACUCUGUCCUACAUGCUUAUGGGAUGAGUGUGAAUGUUCCAAUGGAUGUUGCCCUCGUUUAUCACUGUCGCAUGCCCCUUCAAAGUAACCUUCCCAGAGAAUCUCUCAUCAGGGAUACGACAUUGUGGAUAUAUAACUCAUCAUUAAUCAUGAAUGUUAACAAAGUUCUCUAUCAAACAGUACUGUAAGCUCAAAAGUGAAACUUUGUCCACAAAAAUCAAAGGUGGGGAGUUGCCUGUGCCCCAGGGAGGCAUAGGCUAUCAUUCAAAGAUCACAUUAAAAUCUCUUGCAUGUGAGUUUUGGGAGAACAAUCCCUUUAUGUACAGACAGAAUGUAAAUGCAUUCUGUCUGUGAACUAUGGUGCCAUUUAGCAAUCUGUACUGAAAUAGAGGCUGUGAUGGAGGUGCGUGCCUCUGAUAAACGCUUGUGCAACUUUUUUUAUGUGGAAGAGUUAAGGCAUAGUGGGGAGGUCAAACUUUUACCUUUCUCUAGCUAAGAAAAUGCAUUAUUAAACACACAGGAAGUGACCAUGCACUGAUUAGAAUUUCUUAGAACUUACAGCGUUCUUUUUAUUUUCCUACAUUCUUAUUUGCUUUACUUUGUGUAACAAACCUGUAAACUGCCUGAAGAAGAAAUGAAUCUAUUUCUGUGUAUGUGGAAACACAGCUGUGUUUAGCGUUGUCAUUGACAGAUGGCUUGUGAUAAUAUGUGCCAGAUGAAGAGCUACUUUGGAAUUAACAUGGCAAUUCAUUAUAAUCACAGAGACAACAUAAGAAAACAGACCAGACAUCACUAGAACUGUCCCUUACUGAAGAUACUGCUUUGUAAGAGAAACUGGAGUUAAUGGCAGAGCCAUUAGUCAAUUAAUGAUAGCAAAGUUCAAUGUAGAUGAUUUUGCCUCUUCAGUGAGUUUUAAAUUAAACUUUGUGUUUUAACUGAUUUAUGUAAUGCUGUGACCUAUAUGCAUUUUUUGAAUCUAUUUAUUAAAAAAACAUACAAUGAAUAGUGGUAAAAUUAAUGCUCCUCAAUGAUUGCUGUUCAUAUGUCGUGAUUUGGGUACAAAUUUUUCAUGUAACUAUUUCAAUAAACAAACAAAUGCACUCUGAAAAUAUCUGAGGAAAAAUGUACCAGUUUCAACUGAAAAAAAAAAAGUAUCCCAGGUAUUCUUGGAAAUAGAGUUUUUAAAAUGUUAAUAUAUUGUAACAGCUGGUGUAUUUAUGCUAAUAUAAAGAACUCUUUGACUGUGUUUUUGAGUCCUGUACCUUUAAGAAAUGUGGUGCAUUUUUGCUACUCAUGGCUCUUGUUUAUUAGAUAAUUGAAAAUGCUGCCUUUUGGUGGGAAGCUUUAAACCAGAGGCAUGGGUUACAGACUGAUGUUGAAGUAUAUAGAUUACUGGACUGAAGAUUAUUUUGAGGUGGAAAAGCGGAAGAAUGACUCUAUGAUACAUAAACAUAGUAAAUUUUUGUUUUUCUAGAACCAUAUGGCCUGAUAACAAAAUGUUUUUUUGUUCAUCAAAAUAAGCCAUUUUUACUAUUUUGUAUGGUACGUUAUAUUGUAUUCCUUUCCUUAGGUAGGUGUAAAAGUACAGGAGAGAAACAACCCUCCUGCAAUGUAUUUAUUGAUUUUCUUUUGAACGGUUAAGUGGGAAUAAAAAAAGCAAAAAACC